AUGAGCGUUUUCGAGGACACUCAAAUUCGCUACGGCGGUGCUGCUGCUGAUGAUGAGGUCGCUGAUGCCCAGCGUAAGGCUGAAGAGAGAGAACGCAAGAAGGCUGAGGUUCGCAAACGUCUUGAAGAAGCUGGUCAGAAGAAGCAGAAGAAGGGUUUCUUAACGCCAGAGAGAAAGAAGAAGCUUAGAAAGCUUCUCAUGAUCAAGGCUGCUGAAGACUUGAAGAGACAGCAGUUGCUCAAGGAACAGGAACGUGUCAAGAUUCUUCAAGAGCGAACUAUUCCACUUCCAGACGUAGACUCGAUCAGCGAUCAUGAUAAACUCUCCGCUAUUUAUAAUGAGCUUUUCAAUCGAGUUUGCACACUUGAAGAGGAAAAAUACGAUAUUAGCUAUGAGACCCGACAAAUGGAAACCGCCAUUAACCAAUUGAACAUUGAAGUGAAUGAUUUGCGAGGAAAAUUCGUCAAGCCUUCAUUGAAGAAGGUGUCGAAGUACGACAACAAGUUCAAGAAGAAUGACAACAAGGAAAGCGUUUCGAAGGAUCUCCGCUCAAACUUGAAGGUUGUGAAGAAGGAAAGCGUGUUCACUCAAAUUUCCAACAAGAAGAAGUCUGAGAAGCCAGAAUGGUCGAAGAAGAACAAAGAAGAGAAGAAGGAGGAUGCCGCAGCCGUCGCUCCAGUCGAAGAGAAGCCAGAGGAAGUCGCCGAAGAAGCUGAAGCUUCCGAGGAAGAGCAGGAAGAUGAAGAAGAAUGA